AUGUUCCCGGACGAUACAAAGAUGGUAUCACAGGUUGCGCUUUCAGCCGCUACCAGCCAAGAAGUUUCUUUGAGGAAUGUCCACAAUAACAUAGAAAAUGAGAUUAAAGAAAUUUACAGCAAACCGUGUUACAAUUGUAAUGACCGAGUCCAACAUCUGAAGGAAUUUGAUUUGGAAAUCGCAGAGGUCGUCGAGAAGAAUAGAAGCUACUAUUACAAUAGAUGCUUUGCAUCUCCGACUAUAUAUAAUAGCGACAUGCCUGAUAUGGAGGAGUUGGAGCUAUCUUUAUCUUUCACUGAGGAACUUCAUAAACUAAUCAACGCUGGAGACGAACUUUUAAAAUACCAGCAAAGGGCUUCCGAGGACGAUGCAUUAGCUGUACAGCCGACCGUUACUGUCCAAAAACAUCAUUUAAUGAAUACUGACAGCUCUAUGGCAAACUGGACUGAUGAAAUUUCUAGCAGACCGCCUUGCAAUAUUAAUGACCGACUGCAACAUAUCAAUAAAGAAAUUAAUUCGGAGAUCGCACUAUCAGAGGUCGUCGAGAGGAAUAGAAGUUACUAUUAUAAAAAAUGCUUUGCAUCUCCGACUAUAUAUAAUAACGACAUACCUGAUAUGGAGGAGUUGGAGCUAUCCUUAACAUUCACUGAGAAACUGUACAAACUGAUGAAAGUUGGAGACCAGCUUUUAGAAAGCCAGCAAAGAGUUUCCGAGGAUGGAGCAAGAAGCAGCCGUUAA